CUCUGCAGGUUGGAUCAGUAUGCUAUAGCAAAAUUUGCUGAAAGUUUUGAAAUGAUUCCUAGAACUUUGGCUGAGAAUGCUGGGCUAAAUGCAAUGGAGAUCAUAUCUUCUUUAUAUGCAAAACAUGCAUCUGGAAAUGCCAAAGUUGGCAUUGAUUUGGAAGAAGGUGUUUGUAAGGAUGUCUCAACCUUGAGCAUUUGGGAUCUCCAUGUGACUAAGUUCUUUGCUCUUAAGUAUGCCGCGGAUGCUGCAUGCACUGUACUACGGGUGGACCAGGUAAUCAUUUAAAUAAUUGUUCCUAGUCAAUUCCAUAUUGCCACCUUAAUAUGUACCUCCAAAGCACAAUUUUGUUUAGGAAACAAGCUUAGAAACCCGAUUUUUUUAAUAGUUAAUAAAUAUAUUUUUGAAGGAAUAUCCAACUAAUAGUGGGCAAGCUGUAUUGAUGAUGUGGACUUUUCCCCCUUUCUUGCUGUAUCUUGUUCCAUUUAUUUUCAGGGAGAAACUUAGGAAAAUUGCAACCUGUAGUUAAGAGUAAUGUUAAUAAUAUGCAGCUUUUGUAAAUUAGCAACUAUAUUGAAGAGUAUGGGUACAUGAUUAGGGAUGGAAAAACGGGCCAGUUCGGCCCGUUUUGGCCCGCCCCGCCAUUGGCCCGCCAAAAACGGGCCGGGCCGGACUGGCCCGCCAAUAUAAAACGGGCUUGAGAUGCUGGCCCACCCCGCCUAAGGACGGGCUGGCGGGUUGGCGGGCUAGACCGCAUACAAAAAUAAAAAAAAUAAAAAAAAUAAAAAAAAAAUGCUACAAAUAAAUAAAUAUAACCAUAUAGAAUUAAAAAUACAUACAUAUUGUACAUAUUAAGCCUUGUCCGAAGAGUACUUCACUACCAUUUGGUGGUUGAUUUCUAUCUUACUCUGGUUUGUCUCACUCAUCUCUACAGUUCUUGUUAGGGUUUUUGAUUUAUGUUUGGUCCUAGUAUUUUGUUCAUUUAUAUGUUUGGUUUCGUCUUUUAGAAUUUUUUAAUUUAAGUAUAUGAAUUGAUAAGCCUCCCUAAGAUCCUUAUUUGCAAUUGUGAUUAAAUGUUGCUAUAUGUAUCUGAACUAUGACAUUGGACGGUAACACUUGAGAAUUAAGCACAUAAGGCGAAAUAUAACCACUCCCACUAUUCCCAUUGUAUUGGCAUGAUGGGUUGUUAUAGAAUUGGAUCCAAAUGAUGUCAAAUAGACCCUUUUUAUCAACUUCAUAUUGGAACAAUUUAUCAAAAAAAAAAAA